GAUGAUAAUGGAAGAAGUAGAAGCCGAUACGAUAGCAGAAGUAGAAGCCGAUGUGAUAAUAGAAGAAACAAUAGAAAAAGUAGAAGCUGGAUGAGAAAAAAUAAGAUGAUAGCCACAAAGAAGUCCAUUCCUAAACAAUUAGAAAUAUCACAACAAAGAGAGCGACGUUCUAAAUCUAGAAAAAAUCAUUUUAAUCAAGGUCAAAACAAGUCCAAUAGAUCAUCUUCCUCUUCACGUCUCCAUUCACCUAACUCUUCAUAUCUUUUUUAUGAAGACAUGAACAAGGAUCUGAGAAAUGCAUUAAGAAAUGAAAUAAUCAGGAUUAUGAAUAGACUCCCAGAGAAUAAAAAACUGGACGUUAACAAAACUUUCAAAAGUCAGCGAGAGUCU